AUGUCUAUUUUUCUCUACUUUAUAAUACAUAGUCCUUUCCAUCGACAUUGUGGUUUAUCAGAACAGGUUGAAUACUUCUCCUAGUUGUUUUAUUUUUAUUAGGGAUUCAGUCCAAUAGCUUUCCCUUUGGAGAAACAUAUAAAAAACAAGUAAACUUGGAAUCUAAAACUGGAUUGAUCCAAGCUCCCUAUCCAGCAUUUGAAAGACCCUGUUUUCUUCUCUUCCUGAAACUUUUACUGGCCAGAGGACCGCUGAAUUGAUACCUACAAAGAAAGCAUAGAAUUUGGGAAGCCAGAGGACUUUAAGAAGGAUAAUUUUGAGGAAAACUAGAUAAAGGAAGAAAAAGGAAAAGUCAUCCAGUCAGCAUGAGAAAGAAAAAUCUCCAGCAGACCAAUGGAAAGAAGAAAGUCAACAUUACCAAAUGCAGGCCAAGUCCAGCUACCUCGAAAAGGCCUUCAUUCCCAUUCUAAUAAGGUGAUGUCACCACGGCCUCCAUACCAGACUGAAUCAGUAAAGGAAGAAGAUCCCCAUUCCAAGCUUACACUGAUGCCCUGUGUCAACCACAAUGUCAAAAGCAAGUUCUUUCCCCAUCCUGAACAAAUGACCACAGCUACAUCCUCUUCAAACCUCAAACCUCAGACCAGAGAUACAUUAUCACCGCCAGCUGAGCACCGGGAAAUGACUGUGUCAUUACCACAACUUGAUCACUCUGCCACAGCCAAACCAUCAUUUCCCAAAACCUUACACAAAACCAUACUUUCACCCCUAAAACACGCUCACUACAAAGACAGUACAACUUCUAUGUCUUUAACCAACCUCAAAUAUCGGCGAACUUUUUUUCAUGAUUCAGACACUUCAGCUGAGCCAUCUCGUGCCGAAAAACUUCCAAAGGUUCCACUAACCCCAAAUAAUCUAUGUAAUAGUCAACAACAUUCUAACCACCAGACUGAGGCCUCCUUAAAUCGUGGCCAACGGCUCAAGAAUCCAUCACAUCCUGAUGGUCAGAACAAUACUAGAAUAAAUCUGGACUAUAAGAAGAGGGCCAUACCUGUAUCUUCCUCGUAUUCCAAAUUUGAAACUAAGACGGCAGCUUUACAAUUACCGUGCCAUAGUCAUCCUACUAAAGCUUCAAAGAGCCUAACAGUCUACCAAAAGACUAAGUCUCCCCCUUCACAGUGCCAAAAUCACCAGCUCAAAGUUCAACCCUUACCAAGAACAACCUGUAGUCUCAAGACCAGAGUUAAGCCAUUGUCAAGUCCUAAUCACUGGGCAAGAGAUACAAUUGUUCCACCACCAUGUCCCAUGUAUGGUUCCACAGCAAUGGUCAUGCAAUGCACAGAAUCCAAUAACUCAGAAAGGACUAGGGCUGAGCCAACAGACCCUGACCAUGUGUCUAUCCCUAGCCAGUAUAAUCAACCUUCCUAUAUACUUUCAUCUGAACCUUCAUCUCUUCCUGAAUUGUCCCUACAGGAUGCUGAUUAUGAGGUUGAGGAGACAUCUACAUCUUUAUCAAAUUCUGAGCAAGAUGCUGUAUUUUAUAUUGAUCCUGAGCAUCAAGUUGAAACUAGACAUGAUUAUAACCCAAAGAUGAUAGUUUCAUCAUCAGAUUCAGUAAAAUCAGUUUUGUUUCCAUUAUGUUCCAACCAGUGGACUAAAAUUGCAUCUGACCCUGACCAACUUACUUCAACUUUGCAAGAUCCCGAUCUCAAAUCUGAGAAUGCUGUAAACCAAGAAGAAUGUGUUGAAAUUACACCUCAUUUGAAUCAAGAUUAUAGGAUCAAUUCUUCAAGUGCCUUGAGAUACCAAGAAGAGACUUUUAUGGAGGCUAAUCAGCAAGCCUACCCUUUACCACCUAUAAAAGAAAGAGUAAAAGCUAAACUGAAAUUAGACCAGCAAGUUGAACUUCAAAAGAGCUGUUAUGAACAGGCCAAAUAUGAAUCAAGACGCAAACACUGGGGUGAAAUUCCACUGGCCCCAGAACAACAGGACCAGACUUUAUCAGCCCAAGGCCAUCAGCUGGAGGUUACAUCAGACCCUUACCAAGGGACCACAACUCUAAUUAGCCACGGAUAUAAGACUGAGGCUCAAUUAGGCCAUGACCAUUUGUCAGGAGUUAAAAUAACCCCCAAAACUAUAUCUCCUCUAGGUAGACACCAUUUAGGAAAAGAUCCAGUGGAUCUUAAAACUCAAGCUACAUCUCUAUCAGACUCUGGUUUAGAUUACAAAUCUUCCUAUGCUGAACUCAAAGCUACAGCUACAAUAGGUCAUCCCCAUUCUGAGAAGACUCUAGUAAACUCCAGAUUUCCAGUUAUACCUGAUCAGGGUCGAAAGUACUCAUUUAAUGAGGAUGCAGUUGAAUCUUUGCCUAAUACCUAUUACCACACCAAUGCAAUACAAAAACUGAAGUCUCCAUGGUGUUUCAGAUAUAUCAAACCAUAUACCGUUGAAGGUGGAUCUAUUCCUGAUAGAAUUGUUAACAAGAUCGUCCUUUCUAUCCCCCAUGAGAAAAUUAAAAAUGACAUGCAAAAGAUUCUUCUACAGCAGAUAAAAAGAUUCUCUACUUCUCAGAAUGGCCAGAGCUUAUCAUCAAAUUAUAAUGUUUGUUUACUUUGUGCCUCCUGGAUCCCACAUGGCUGUUUCCAUAUUAACGAAAUGAAAUAUCAUUGUAGAGCACAAUUAGUGGCCACUCCAGUACCUCUUCCUAGUUCUAAGGUGAAGAUAGGUAUUAAAUUUGCUCUUAAAAUUCCUAAACAGCCUUCUUCCACAUUUUGCCUAACUUUGCCCCAUUAUGAUGUGCCUGGCCCAUCAAAGCCAUUGCGUCCUUUUCCAUCACCUUCCUACUUAACCACUACUCCAUUUGAAUCACCCAUUGAUCACUGGAAGGCUUCAGUGGCCCCUUGGCCUGACUACAAAUAUGGCAAAGAUCAUUACUUAACUGGGAGACAAGCGCCUAGAAGUCAGCCGACAUUCCUAGGGAAAGUGUUUGAACUGAGAAAUGCCAUCAGAGAAGAAAAGGCAAGAUGUUCUGGGGGAGUAUUUAAAUCUCUAUUAGAGAAAUUUCAAAGAAAGAGAAGAGCAUAUUAAAAAGACCAUAAUUCUCUUCAA